UAUUACCACAGACAGAUACACAGACAGACAGACCGGAGGUGUCUGAGAGCAGAUAACUGAAACUGCUGUGUAGUUGAUACAGCCUUGUGUUUGGAGUGCAGUUUGGCCUAGCGUGUCGGUCAGUUAGGGGCAGGAUGGGGUGUCCCCAGCCGUACAUUACCAGUAUCCUGUUCUUCCUGAGUGGACUCAUCCAAUGGGGCGGGGCCAGGGUGCUUGUGGAGGUGCAGUCUGGCCCUCUGCAUCGUGUGAUUGGCUACCCUAUCUCCAUCUCCUGCAACGUGAGUGGCUUCUCUAACCCGUCGGCCCAGCAGGACUUCAGAUUCUCAGUCUACAAGCCAAAAAACCCCACCCAGGAGAUCCAGAUCAUCAGCACAGAUGACCCAAACUAUGCCAUGGCGGUGUACGGCGUCCGCGUCAGGGGAGGUGUCAUCACUCUGGAGCGCCUGUCAGUGACCUCGGUCCUUUUCCACGUGAAGAGUCUGGAGGAUGGGGACGAGGGAGAGUAUGAGUGCCACACCCCAAACUCAGAAGCUGUAUAUGACGGGACAUACAACGCAAAGACCACAUUGAAGGUGAUUGGGGACACCCUGACCGCCUCCUCCACUGGCCCCGCCUCCUUUAGCCUAUCAGAGGGUGACGACCUAACCCUGCAAUGUCUCGCCUCCAGCAACACCUUCCAGCACACCCACCUGUCCAUCACCUGGUAUCACCAUGGAGACAGGGAAGCCUCACCCCACCCCAUCAUCUCUCUGGACCGUGAUUUGAAGGUGAGUCCGGGUCAGCGGUUUGAGGGUCGAUACCAGGCAGGGUUCAUUGUUUUGGACAAGCUGGAGGAGGCCACCUACAGGCUGAAGAUGGCAAGGAUUGAGCUGUCCGAUGCAGGGAGAAUCUCCUGCCAGGCCCAGGAGUGGAUCCAAGACCCAGACCGGAGCUGGUACCGAAUCGCCCAAAAAGACACACAGCCAACCACUUUGGAGGUCAAAGCCAUAGUGUGCACAAAACACACCUUCAAGAGGGGGGAGGAGCUAUCCUUGCAGUGCAUCGUGAACACACAGGGCCCGGUGGGUCAGUUCUUCUCAGUGGCCUGGGUCAAGGACAACCAGGAGCUGGCCAAUAUUGGGCCCACGGGGGUCCUGUCUGUGGGGCCGGAGUAUGGGGGGCGAGAGAGAGGGGGUGAGCUGAGAGCUGUGCGAACGAGGGAGAAGACACACCUGCUCACCCUGCGACCUGUCAGAACCCAGGACCAGGGAGUGUACCACUGCAGGGCCUGGCCAGAGGAGAGGGAUGGGAACGGGGUCUUCACACAGGGAUCCACCCAGGACUCCACCACAGAGACUAUCACCAUCACAACUACAGAAAGUGGUUUGGCUGUUGCCGUGGAUACCCAACAGGUGAAUGUUGACGAAGGGGAUGCGCUGCAACUCACCUGUAGAGUGAGCGGGGUCAAGGGUCAGCUCUCUAUCACCUGGCAACACAGAUCAGCCUCAAUGGCAACAGGCCCCUUCAGUGAUGUCAUCAGCCUGAGCCGUGUGGGUGUGAUGGAACUGGGGGCAAAGUUUGGGAAGCGUAAUGUUCGUACAAUGCGUCCCAUGGCAGACAUAUUCACCCUGGAGCUGGGUGAGGUCACGCCCUCUGACGCAGGAGCCUAUCAGUGCACCGUCUCUGAGUGGACCACGGAAGCCAACGGCAAUGGCAAGAAAACUCACAGCCAAUCACAGGACUGCAGUGUAGAGGUUCAUCAUGUGGAGUCUCUGCUGAGUGUGUACCUGAGUAGUCGUGGUGUCCAGGUGACAGUGGGGGGAGAGGUGGAGCUGGUGUGUCGGGUUCAAGGGCCCUCGCGCCCGGUUACUGUAACGUGGAGCCUGCAGCGUGAGGGGCAGUCUGCCCCAGACAACAUCCUGACCCUGUCGUACACUGGUGACAUCACGUGGAGUGGCGACCAGAGCAAUUACCAGUUGAGGGCGACCACCGGGAAGAAGGAAGUGCGUUACUACCUCCGCAUCAUCAAAGCGAGCCACAAGGAGGCUGGGCGCUACCAGUGUGUGAUCUCAGUGUUCCUGCAAGGGAGACACAGGAAGCCACAGAACUCCAACGCUCUGGGUGUGCUGGUCCAGACUCCAAAGGGUGUACUCACCUUGUCCUCUAGCUCCUCCCCUCUGGAUAAGAGUGUCAAGACAGACAUACAGAUGGAAUGCUCCGUAGCCAAAGCAACCUCUAACUCAUCCCGCUUCGCUGUCAGCUGGUUGGCCCAGAAGAACGGGGAGGGGAACAAGACGGUCCUCAGCUCAGACCGUGAUGCUGUGAUAACGCUAGGGCUGGGAUUAGGCACAGAACAGCGAAUCAGCAUGAGAAGACGUGAGGGGCGGAGCUUUGAGCUGACCAUUCGACAGGCCCGUAGCUGGGACAAUGGGAUGUACUACUGCGUGGUGGAGGAGUGGCUACAGGAUCCUCACGGCCAAUGGUACAAGCUCCUGCCCUCUUCUGCAGCCAUGGAACUCCGUGUACUCCAGACAGUGACUGACCUCAGUGUUAACCAGACAGAUCUGGAGAUGGAGGUCAAAGAGGGGGAGGGGGCAGAGUUGACCUGUGCCUUGACCUCAGGUGACCCCGCCUCUCUCUACUCUCUCACCUGGUUCUACAUGAGGCGUGGCUCCUCCUCCUCUCUCAGGGUUCCUCUAGUGAUUCUGGGCCAUGAUGGUGUCCUGAAGUACCCUGAGGACCAGGACAACCAAGGGCUCCAGGACCAGAAGGGGAGGCUGAUCUUCUCCAGGCCCACCCAUGGUACCUUUCUGCUGGGUCUGCAGAGAGCUCUUCAGGGUGACAGUGGAGUCUACCAGUGUCAAGUGGACCAGUACAAGCUCAUUCAUAGCAACUGGGAAUUAAGCGCCACCAACCAAUCAGGAACAACCAACCUCACUGUACGACGACCAAUAGAAGAUGUGUCUGAGUUGCUGUCUGAACGAGGAUUCGUUACUGAAUCAAUUCUAGGCAUCUUCAUCCCUCUUGUCUGUAUCCUGGCAAUUCUUGUCGUGGUGCUGUCAAUCAAGCUGAAGCGGCAGGGCUCAGCUGGAAACAAGAAACAGGCCAAAUCUCUGUGGCUGGAGUUUAACCCACUGAAUCCACGCCCAGAAGACUGAGCACAGGGGAGAGGAGAGAAGUGAAACAGAGAGAGGAUGCGUAGAUGAGAGGAAGAGUACAUCAGUGAGGGGAGAAAAGGAGAGGAUGUGGGAUGGGGAGGGAUUAUAAGAGUGGGAAAAGGGGGAUACGUGAGAGAACAGGAAAGGAGAUGGGAGAGGGCAGAAUGAGCUUUUUUUUAUGUUAAUGUGGUUGAUUUUUGGAUCCAAGCAUGCUUUUUACUUGUUUACAAAUAGGAUUUACAGUUGCACACAUUUUCUAGAACUUGAAAUGUACAUUGGCACUGCUUUAACUUUGAGACAACUUUUUUCAAAUGUAGUUUUACAUCAGUAUUCUCUGAUCACUCAAAACUCAAAGGAUCAUGUCUGAUCAUUGUUUGUAUGAAUGAGUUUUUCACAGAUAUUAUAUUUGUGAAUUGUUGAAAGAUAUUCUGCCAUGUUCUGUACUCAUUUGUAACAUUUUGCCUCAAGAAUGAAUCAGUUUUAUUUCUUAACUUGUUUGAGUUGGGACUGCUUACGAGACUUUUGAAACACUUCUGAAAGAACUCUGAGACUUUAUGGUAUCACAAACAUUUUAUAUAAAGAGAAGAAUAAAGCGCUGCUCUCAGACAUGUAUCAUUUGUAAAGUUGCUGGUGUAUUAUCUGGUUUGUAAUAAAUAGAGUACUAUGACAUGA